UUUGUUAUUGUUUACAUUUUACAGUAAUAAACAAGUUAUGAAGUUAAUUAAUUAAUUAGUAGUCUAAAAGUGGUUGGAAAACGAAGUUAAAUUGUUUUAGAAUUCACUCUAACAAUAUGGAUGGGAUUUUAUAUCUAUUUGCUGUUGGUUUACUAUGGGGGGUGACAAAUCCCUUAAUCAAGAAAGGAUCGACUGGGAUUAAUCAAGUCAAAGCUAACAAUGCUGUCCUAAAAUUCUUCAAGGAACUGCAGUUUCUAGUGACAAACUGGAAGUAUAUGAUACCAUUCCUUAUCAACCAGUGUGGCUCAGUUUUAUACUAUUUUGCUCUGCAAUCAGCUAAUUUGACGUUUGCUGUACCCAUUACCAAUUCCAUAGCUUUUGUCUCAACAGCGGUAACUGGCUGGUGUCUUGGAGAAACCACGCCUAACUUGAGAACUGUCGUGGGCUCCAUUCUAGUAGUUUUGGGGACGGCUUGCUAUAUAUUGGACACCCUUUAGGUAUGCUAUUAGAAGUGUCCAGUGCUGAGACGAGAACUUACAUGUGUCUAGUGACUAGAACUUACAUGUGGCCAGAGGGACUUACAUGUGGCUAGUGUGACAAGAACUUACGUUGAACCAUAACCAGUAUGAAGCCCUUCGGCCAUAACAGCUAUCUGGCUGCCUCAAAUCUCCACGUGUAGAUCCUGUGAUGUAUGCUUUUAUGAGUUGGAAUAUCCAACAAGAAUUUGCUUUGAAAAAUGUGAUUUUAA